AUGCAGAUUUUGAUAUUUUUUGCCGUGAUCCAGGUGACUCUGACGGCUAAAAUUCUGAUGACGUUUUCUCCGGCGACAAGUCACUGUCUGGAAAUGGUCGCCAUUGGCAACGACCUUGUCAAGAGAGGUCACAGCGUGUCAGCCUACGUUGCCACAUUCUUCGACACAAAAUUGUGUUUUCAGAAUUCGAACAUACGAAUUAUAACCUAUGAUGUGAGUGAGACAAACAAGGCUGUUUUCCAGACAGCCAAAAGUACCAUAGAGAGAAACAUUGUGACGAGAGAGAAGAGUAUUUCUCAGAUUCUUCUGUACGCAAACGUCAUGAUCAACACCCUCUGUGAUAGUCAACUCUCAAACCGGAAUCAACUGGAUACGUUGAAAGAGACCGGAUAUGACAUCGUGAUGACGGAGGGUCUCCCAUUCGCUCAGUGCUACUACCUUGUUCCUUUCUACUUGGACGUCCCCACUGUGUCUGUUGGUAGUCUUUUUCUUGGUGUUGACAGCGGAGAGGUUUUCCAGCCAUACACCUACCCUCAUCCAAUUGGCUCGUACACCAACGAAAUGACGACUUUACAAAGAAUAUUGAACAGCUUCCACUAUAUUCUUCUAACUGUCAUGCUGCAAAUCUUUAAGCCUCCGUUUGACCUUACUAAAUAUGGCGAACCGUUCACGAACGUUGUCCCGGAGACGCUGAUCCGAGAAUCGUCUUUGUAUCUCGAGAAUUCUGACUUUAUUUUUGAUUAUCCGAAAGCUACCUUCCCCAACUUCGUCCAGAUAGGGGGGUUGACAGCUCGCCCACCAGCACUUCUACCUAAUGAUUUGAAGACAUACCUCGACAACUCGAAGACUGGAGUCAUUCUGGUUUCGUUUGGAAGUGUGCUGAAUCUUGAAUCUUCAGUGUUCAUCCAAGGAAUAAUAUAUGCUUUGAAUCAUCUUCCCUAUGACGUGAUAUUCAAACUUGAUAGAAACUCGCAAGAAGGUAAUAUCAAAAUUGUAGACUGGAUGCCACAAAAUGAUGUUCUUGCUCAUCCAAACAUUCGACUGUUUGUGUCUCACUGUGGUAAAAAUGGAUUUUUCGAAUCCUUAUACCAUUCGGUUCCCAUCAUAUGCACACCUUUGAACGCAGACGCCUUCCAAACAGCCAUUAAAGUCAACCACCACAGAAUCGGGACAACUAUGGACAUUCUAACUGCCACAUCAGAGGAAAUGGUUCAAACCUUAAAAUCCGUGUUGAACGACUCGUCCAUUUCUUCCAAUAUGCGGCGGAUGUCUCAGCUCUUCAGGGACAGACCGGAAACAGGGGCGGAGAGAGGGGCGAGCGCCAUAGAACAUGUGAUGAAAUAUGGAGGCAGACAUCUCAAGCCGCCCACCAACAGACUGAACUAUUUUCAGUACACACUGGGUGAACUCUGGUUUGUGAUUUUCAGUUUCACCUUGCUGGUAAUCUAUGGAGUGUUGGCGUUGUUUAGAUGCAUCUGCUGUAGAAAGUCUUCUGUGUCCGUUUCAUUUUCAAAAAAAUCCAACUGAAUCUCAGUAACCGUUGAAUGAACCGUUGAAUGGAGACGCAUUUCAAAUAGCCAUUAAAGUAAAACACCACAGAAUCGGAACAACUAUGGACAUUCUAACUUCCACUACAGAGGAAAUGGUUCAAACCUUAAAAUCUGUGUUGAACGACUCAUCCAUUUCUUCCAAUAUGCGGCGGAUGUCUCAGCUCUUCAGGGACAUACCGGAAACAGGGGCGGAGAGAGGGGCGAGCGCCGUAGAGCACGUGAUCAAAUAUGGGGACAGACAUCUCAAACCGCCCACCAACACACUGAACUAUUGUCAGUACACACUGGGUGAACUCUGGUUUGUGAUUUUCAGUUUCACCUUGCUGGUAAUCUUCGGAGUGGUGGCGUUGUUUAGAUGCAUCUGCUGUAGAAAGUCUUCUGUGUCUGUGUCAGUUACCAAAAAAUCUAACUGAAUCUCAGUAACCAUAA